AUGGCCUCAAUUAUUGCCAAUGAAAUGUCUCUGGACAGCAUGAAAGCUGCUGCUGUGGAAGUCACAACCGUGGAAUCUACCACCGGGUCGAGUUCUGCAAGCAUCAGCGAAAGCGAGGUGGAAUCCUCCCAGUCAUCCGACAACGAUUCGCCGAAAAGAGUUCAGCAACAGCUCGAGAUCUUCCCUGUCCUGCCCACGUCGGUCUAUCAACCGUGGGCUAGCAGUCAUAGUGUAGUCCAGUCGGUAGAUAUCUCACAGUCUACUCGGGCAAAUGCGAAGGCCUCAUUGCUUUGUGCCUGGGCAGUGCUUCUUGGAAGAUACUCCGCUUUGACAACGGAUGUCAUUUUUGGCGUCUCCAGCGAGGCGAGCAGCUCGGCAAGAGCGCUUCGCGUGACCUGGGACGCGGGAAUGAAGUCAUCAACCCUGUUUGAGCUGGUUCAGAACAAAAUCGACAACGAAGAUGAAGCUCCGUUCGAUACAACGCUUCGAACCGCUGUUGUGAUCAGCGUCAACGAAAACCAAUCAAUUCCACAACAACACGCUCUCGUUCUCACCAUUCUAUACACCACACCUACCACGAUCCAGGUAUCUGCCCGGUUUGACCAAAACGUUUUGGAUGCUCGUCAGGUGGACCGCAUCGUACACCAGUUUUCCCACGUCCUACUUCAGCUAUCCCAGUCACAGGAAUGCACAAUCAAUGAUUUGGACCUGUGCUCCCCGGAGGAUCGCAUUGAAAUUUCCCAAUGGAACCCACCUAUUCCUGCUGCCGCAGAUACUACCAUCCAUGAAAUGGUACAGCAGACAUGUCGCCAGCGCUGGAACGAGCUGGCUGUGCAAGCUUGGGAUGGAGAUUUGACAUAUGGAGAGGUUGACACAGCAUCAACCAAAUUGGCUCAGCACUUGCGGAGCAAGUUCCAUAUCGGGCGCGGUAGCUGCGUGCCCUUGACUUUCGAUCGUUCCAAAUUUGUUCCCAUCACCCAACUUGCAGUGCUAAAGGCUGGCGCUGCAUACAUUGGCACAGAGCCCUCGCAACCUAUCACGCGCCUUGAGAAAAUCUUUACUCAAGUUGAUGCAAAGUGCAUCCUGUCUUCGCCUAAUUGGGUUAGCAAGAUGUCAGGAAGCGUCGGGAAGGUUAUACCCAUCAACCAGGAUCUACUCGACAGUCUUCCGGAACAGGAAGAACAACUCCCAGUAGUGGAUCCACAAUCGACCGCUGUUGUGAUCUUUACCUCCGGAUCCACGGGAACACCUAAGGGAAUUGUUAUGCGACACACGGACUUGGCAUCGGCCAUCGUCGCUCACUCAGCCGGCAUGAAGAUCCCUGAGCGAACCCGAAUCCUGCAGUUCUCGUCAUUUAACUUUGAUCACUCCAUCUAUGAGAUCAUGACAGCUCUUAUUGGCGGCUGCAUUGUGUGUGUGCCAACAGAGGAGCAGCGCAUGAAUGACCUUGCCGGCGUCAUGCGCGAGAUGCGUAUCCAAUACCUCUACGCCACACCUACCGUAGCCAAGCUUCUCACGCCAAGCGAGGUCCCCAAUCUUGACACCCUCUACUUGGGUGGUGAAGCCAUUUCCCAAAAUCUCCUCGAUCUUUGGAUCGCAGACAAGCGGGUCAUCGCUGGAUAUGGCCCAACGGAGGCGGGUAUGUGCGGUUUCUCCGAAUUCACAGCCGGGGACGUUGCGAGCACAAUCCACGUUUCCCAAGGAGGAAUGAACUGGGUUGUUGAUCCCAAUGACUAUAACAAACUGGUUCCCAUUGGAACUCCUGGUGAACUUCUCCAAGAGGGUCCUAUGGUCGCUGCUGGGUAUUUGAACAACCCUGCCGCAACUGCGCAGGCCUUCGUCGACCCGCCAUCAUUCCGACAGAACAGCACAUCUCGAUUCUACAAGAGUGGUGAUCUUGCCCAGUACAACUCUGAUGGAACAUUCAAAUUCAUUGCCCGUAUUGACACUCAGGUGAAAAUUCGAGGCCAGCGCGUGGAGCUUGAGGAGGUUGAAGAUCACCUGCAACCCUUGGUAUUAUCAGACCUAGCCUUCUGCGUCGACGUCGUCCGGCUCCAGGGAGCAACUUCGGAUGCACUUGCUGUGUUCCUAGCCCCAGAAGAACCCCGGGAAACGAACAACGUCGAUGAGGUUUCUCUCGCUGCACAGGAUGAUGUUUCACGCUGGCAAAAAUUGACGAUGCGCAUCGAGUCCGAGAUGGCCCAGACAUUGCCAGUGUACAUGGUCCCGACGGUAUUCAUCCCUCUGUCGACGAAAUUCAGUCUGACAGCAUCUGGAAAACUCGAUCGCAAGAAGUUGCGCGUUUUCGCGGCCACUCUCACACCGCAGGAUAUUGCGGCUUUCCGCACACCCCAGGAAACACUCCCUAUAUCCACGGCUAUGGAGGCUCAGCUCUGCGAUAUUUGGCGAAGAGUACUUGGAAUCGCCCAGUUGAACGAUGCGUCUGCAAACUUCUUUGGCCUGGGUGGUGACUCCAUUGCCGCUAUUCGGAUGGUGUCCCUAUGUCGUGCCGAAAGUUUGAGCCUCACGGUCCAGGCCAUUUUCGCGAAUCCCAUCCUGUCUGAUAUGGCACUUGUCGUUGAAAUUCGGGAUGGCUCGCGAGGCCUUGAUCUUGAAGCUUUUGCUUUAGUGGACAAUCACCUUGAUGAAUUGCGUGAAUGCGCCAGUAGGCAAUGCGAUAUCCAGCCUGACACCAUUCAGGAUAUUUUCCCUGCGUCGCCAUUGCAGCAGGGUUUGAUCGCCCUUUCGGUCAAGACACCGGGCUUGUACCUCGUGCAGAAGAUCUUCAAGUUGAUAAAUAUCGAUGUGGAUCAAAUGAUGCGGGCUUGGAAUACGGUGGCUCAGCGCAGCGCGCCCUGUCUGAGCACCCGCAUCUUUGAGGAUGAGUCUGCAGAUCUAUGGCAAGCUAUCGUCAAGGAAGACUUGCAGUGGACAACCGUUACAGAGGACGUGGAAUCCUAUCUUCAGCGGGAUCUCGAGAUCCCCAUGUCAUUGGGGGCGCCACUAAGUCGUUUCACAUUGGUCCACGAUCCUACAACUGGCCCCGUGCUUGCACUUACCAUACACCAUGCUGUUCAUGAUGCCUGGUCUCUCGACCUACUCCUGCGGGAUUUCGACCGCGCCUACCAUAACGAGGCCGUCGAAUCGAGUCCCAACUUCGCGGGACUGAUCGCUCAUCUUCAACAGAUUGAUGCGAAUGCCAUGCGCGACGGCUGGCAGCAACAACUGGAUGCCGCUCCACUGACACCUUUCCCUGAGAUCCCCAGGGGAUAUAUUCCCAAGCCAAAUGCCUUCGUGGACCUUCAAUUUGAACUGCCGACAGUUCACGAUACCACCGAAUCUGGCAUUCCAGCUGCGAUCAAGGUCCGUGCAGCAUGGGCCUUGCUGUUGGCCAGCUUCGUCGGCUCAGAUGAUGUCGUCUUCGCAAACACGAGCAAUGGACGUGGUGCCCCGGUUUCUGGUAUUGAGGAGAUGAAGGCGCCAACAAUCGCCACUUUCCCCGUGCGAGUCAAGUUGCAGCGUGAUCAGACCUUACGUACGUUCCUCCAAGACCUACAAGUUCAAUCUGCUGCCUUGCUGGAGCUGGAGCACUACGGUAUGCAGAACAUCCGCAGCCUGAGUGAGGACGCUCGUAUUGCUUGUGAUGUCCAAUCUCUGCUGCUCGUUGAGUAUGACUCCGAGGAGGCGCAUUCUCGUCUGCUUCAAGAAACUCGCAGAAGAACGGGGGUGGCCUUCCAUUCCUUUGCGUUUGGUCUGCGAUGCACCAUUGCCAACCAGAAGGAUGUUACUCUUGAGGUGAACUGGGAUGAAACUUGUCUAAGUUACGAACGCGUUCAACUAAUCUUGAAUCAACUCCAACACGUCGUGGAGCGCGUCUUUUCCAUAAGCCCCAGCACCCGCGUGAAAGAUAUCGAUUUGGUCGGCGCAGCGGACCUAGCGACCCUCGCACAGUGGAAUGCGAUUUCUCCUGUCAAGCAGUCAGAAUGCUUGCACCGUCGCUUUGAGCAGAUUGCUUGCAUGUAUCCCAGCAACAUUGCUGUCGACUCCUGGGAUGGCAGGCUCACCUACCGCGAGCUGGAUGUCAAGUCCACUCGACUCGCGCAGCUCCUCAUUCAGCAGGAGGGACUUCGUGAAGGCGAGCCCGUGCUCAUUUCUUUCGAAAAGUCGAUGUGGACUGUGGUUGUACUUCUGGCAGUCAUGAAAGCUGGCGGAGCUUGUGUAAUGCUAGAUCCAACAGUUCCCAAAGAACGUCUGCAACGUGUCAUGCAGAAAACCCAAGCACGAACACUUAUUGCAUCGCCACUGCAGAUGGAGGCUUUACGCCCCAUUGGCUAUUCCUUGGUGACUGUAUCCGCAGAAGAGAUGGCGAUUUUGGAAAAUGAUCACGCCUCAACACCUAAUAUCGAUUCGACCCAUGGUUCUCCAGAAAGCCUCGCUUUCGUGGUCUUCACUUCCGGUACGACAGGUGAACCCAAGGGUAUUGAAAUCUCCCACGAGGCUGCGUGUAGUAGCAUCGAGGCUAUUGCGUCGGUUAUGGAGAUCGGCACGGCCUCUCGUGUUGUCCAGUUUGCGCCCUAUGCAUUCGACGCAUUCUUUGGAGAGGUUUUUGCCAUGCUCCUCCGUGGUGGAUGUUUAUGUUGCAUUACCGAUGAAGAGCGCAACAACAAUCUUUCGAAGUCUCUGCAAGCCUUGAAUGUGAAUUGCGCUUUUCUGACCCCAACUGUUGGUGCAUCGCUCGAGCCGGCCGAAUUGCCUCAACUCGACUUCUUAGCGAUGGGCGGCGAGCGCAUGACAGAGGAAUGCACACGGAAGUGGGGCGAACGCAGCUUGAUGAACGUCUACGGACCAGCCGAGACGACAAUCAUGUGCUCUGCUUUCCGCGGUAUUACAUCCUCCGAUGAUGUUUCUAACAUCGGUCGCUCUGUUGGCGCAAGAUUGUGGAUUGCGAAGAAAGCCGACUUCAAUCAACUGGUCCCUAUCGGAACGGUUGGCGAGAUUCUCGUCGAGGGACCUACACUAGCAAAGGGCUACCUGGACGAUGAGGUCAAAACUCGUUUGGCAUUCGUAAAGGAUCCUCGUUGGACACUUGAUGGGCCCCUGGCCCCUCUGUUCGAGGGCAGUGAGCGCCGAUUCUACCGUACAGGUGACAUGGCACGAUACAAUACCGAUGGCACCUUGCAGAUCAUGGGUCGAGACGAUUUGCAGGUCAAGAUUCGUGGACAGAGAGUCGAGCUCGCUGAGGUGGAAAGCCACUUGCAGCGCAAUUUGCCUGCCGGUGUUCAAGUCGCAGCCGAUGCCAUCAAGACAAACGAGAACCAGAACGAUGCAGCCAUCAUCGGGUUCAUUGUGCUGGAUUCCGUCGACGCUGACCAUCCCAUGAUUGCCACGUCGAGUGAAGCCCGACGGGAAUUGAAAUCCUUGACUGAAGGGCUAGAUGGAAAGCUUUCGAUGUCAUUGCCGCCGUACAUGGUUCCUAGCAUAUUCUUGCCUCUGACACGCCUGCCUCAUACUGCCACAAACAAAAUAGAUCGCAGUCGUCUUCGCCAGCUUGCCUCCGCUCUAUCUCGGAACGAGCUGAUUUCCUUCUCCCGUGCAGGCACCAGCCAUGCCCCGCCCUCUACACCUGGGGAGAAACGCAUGCAUGCACUCUGGGCACAGGUCUUGGGCUUGCGACCAGAUGAAAUUUUUGUUCAGGACAACUUCUUCCGCCUUGGCGGAGACUCCAUCAGCGCAAUGAAGCUUGUCACUCGCGCGACAGCGACCAACUGGCGAUUCCAGGUGCUUGAUGUUUUUAGAAACCCGAUCCUCGCAGACUUGGCGCGCGUGGCCCAGGAUGUGGACCAUCAGGAGCAAGAGGUUCUCAAGCCAUUCCAGCUGCUUCAGUUAACUGGCGAGUCUAUCGAAACCACGCUUGACCGGGCAAGUGAGAUAUUGGGAGUGCCUGUCCACGAUAUUCAGGAUAUUUACCCGAGUACCCCAUUACAGAAUGCUCUCAUGGCCCUGUCGGCCAAGGAGCCCGGUACAUACUUCGGGCAGAUGGUAAUUAAGCUCCCCAGAACGAUGGAUCUCGAUCUCUGGCGAAAGGCGUGGAUGACCAUCUAUGAUCGCACACCAAUGCUUCGCACAUCCGUCUUCCACGCCCCAUCCGGCGGACUCAUGCAGGCUGUGGUGCGCUAUGACGAGCACUGGGGUGCUGAGGCUGAUUUGCAAGACUACCUUUGGCGUGACAAGCGCGCGCCCAUUGCCGUUGGCGAGCCCCUAGUGCGGUAUGCCUUGAUUGAAGACCCCACUGGCCGUGGAAACCCCCCACUUUGUGCUCUCCAUGCAUCGCGCGGCUCCUUCCUGGAGACCGACAAUGGUCCCCUGGAACAGUAUUGGAAGAGUCAGAUGCAGGAUGCUCCAACCAUGGCCUUCCCGCGUCUGCCAGAUAUCUCGUAUCGACCGGCCGCAAACUCCCACUUCACCACUAACAUUCCCCUGGCAGCGCGGCAGUGCGACUACACGACAUCUACGUUCAUUCGCUCUGCAUGGGCUUUACUGCUUGCCCGAUAUGCUGAUGAUACCGAUGACGUCGUGUUCGGAGCAAGUUUGAACGGUCGCUCUGCACCUGUGGAAGGUAUCCAGGCAGUCUUUGGCCCUACUACCGCUGUCGUGCCAGUCCGUGUGCAAAUUAACAAACAGUCGCAAACGGUUGACGGCUUCCUGCGCCAGAUCCAUGAACAGGCUCAAGAGAUGAUGGCAUUUGAGCAGUACGGCAUUUACAAUAUCAGCAAGCUCUCCGAACAGAUCAAGUCCGCCUGCGACUUCCAGACUCUUUUGAUGAUUCAAACAGAGGCUGAAUCUGGACCCGCUGCCACUGGUGGAAAGCUGGACAUGCAAGUCGUCAGUAACUCCUUCGCAGGUCCAUUCCAUACAUUUUCCAUGAGUCUGGACGUUGUCAUUGCCGCGGACAAAUGUCGAGUCACGAUUGAAUAUGACGCGAACUUGAUUGCCGCCGAGGAGAUCGAGCGUCUAUCGGCGCAGCUGCAGCAGGUAUUCGAAUUACUUCAUGAUCCUGCCCUGGCUGAUACGAAACUGUCCGAUCUCGACUUCGUCAGCAGUGGCGACAUAGCGCAACUUGCACUGUGGAAUACAACCCCUCCUGCACCUCAAGAUGAUCUUGUGCAUGCCACUUUCCAAAGGAGAGCGUCUCUUCAGCCCGACGCGCCAGCCGUCCGUUCAUGGGAAGGCGAGCUCACAUACGCUCAACUCGAUAUUCAGUCUUCAGCAAUCGUCCCUGAAUUGAUAGAGCGUGGCAUACUACCAGGCAUGAAAGUACCAUUGUUGUUCGAAAAGUCCAUCUACACGGUCGUGACGAUGCUAGCACUGCUAAAGGCCGGGGCCACCUGUGUGUCCCUUGAUCCUGCUCAUCCCCUGGAGCGAUUGCAGGGACUCGUGAAGGAUGUCGACGCAACCCUAGUUUUAUCGAGUCGUCGCUGGUCUGAAAAGGCACUGUCAUUGAGUGGCUCAACAUUCACAGUCGAUGCAGAAUCCAUUUCCGAGGCGGAGAUCAAGCAUCCUACAUCGUCAACCAUGGUCUCCGACACCGUGAAAUCAACCGAUGCAGCAUUCAUUCUCUUUACCUCCGGCAGUACAGGUAAGCCUAAGGGAAUUCUUAUCAGCCACUCGGCGUUCACCAGCAGUAUUGUCGGACAUGGUGAGACUCUGCGCUAUGGCGGUCCCGGUUCUUGCAAUCUACAAUUCACUGCAUACACCUCCGACGUCAGCAUUGGCGAGAUUUUUACAUCCCUCUCCGUCGGCGCAUGUGUUUGCAUCCCAUCCGAUGCCGAGCGCAUGAACGGCCUUGCUGAGGCAAUGGAACGCAUGCAUGUCAACUGGGCGUUCUUGACCCCCAGUGUGGCCUCGUUGCUACACCCGGCCGAUGUACCUUCUCUCAAGACCCUCCUGUUUGGGGGAGAAACCGCUACCGUUGAGAAUGUCAAAACAUGGGCUCCAGCUGUGUAUCUCAUCAACAGUUUCGGCCCCGCUGAAUGCUCUAUUUGGACUCAUUGCAGCCCUGGCAUCUCACCGUCAGCCUCUGGUCACAAUAUUGGCUUCGCUCUGGGAUGCAACACCUGGAUCACCGACCCGGUCAAUCAUAACAAGCUUGCUCCCAUUGGUACCAUUGGUGAGCUGGUAGUCGAGGGUCCCAAUGUUGCCGAUGGGUAUCUUAAUGAACCAGUUAAGACAGCAGCUGCCUUCAUCAAUGCUCCAGCAUGGUUCCCUCGCGUGGCCAAUCGCCCAGCUGGUAAGUUCUACAAGAUGGGUGACCUUGUACGGUACCUGCCCAAUGGUCAAGUUCACUAUGUUGGUCGACGUGAUACACAGGUCAAACUGCGCGGCCAGCGUGUGGAGCUCGGUGAGAUUGAGCACCGACUGCGCGAAACAAUGCCGGACAUUGCAGAGGUGGCUGUGGAAAUGGUUCGUCCAGCAAAUGGAACCGCUCCACCGAUGCUUAUGGCAUUUUUGAGCGUUGCUACCGACGUGGAUUAUUCGAAAGCCGGCGAGGUGCUUCCGGAAAUCGCGUCUUUGGAAGUCGAGCUUACUCGGUACCGCGAGGCCAUGAAGGGAGCCAAUGCAAAGCUUCCAGACCUAUUGCCUAUGCACAUGAUCCCAUCUGCAUAUGUUCCCCUGCGAUUGAUGCCCUUCACAGCAUCCGCUAAGACUGACCGCAGCAAGCUGCAGAAGAUCGCUCGAGGACUUUCCCGUGAGGAUAUCUCGCAAUUCUCUCUCGAGGCACACAAGAAGGCUGCCCAACCUCCGACGACAGAUAUGGAGCGUCUGUUGCAUGGAUUCUGGGCUCAGGUCCUCAACUUAGCACCCGAAUCAUUCGGCCGUGAUGAUAAUUUCUUCCGCGUUUCGGGCGACUCAAUCAUGGCCAUGCGACUUGUCGCACUUGUUCGCACGGCUCAUCUUGACCUGACUGUCGAGACCAUCUUCUCCAAUCCUGUCCUUUCUGCUAUGGCGUUGGCCACCACCCAGCUCCAGGUCGCCAACACCGAGUUGCAGGAGUUUGCACUCGUCAGCGACAUCGCAGUACUUCGUCGAGAAGCCAGCAUUGCUUGCCAGAUUCCUGACAGUGCCGUCGAGGACAUCUACCCGACUACAGCACUGCAGGAGGGUUUGCUGGCCCUUGCACAGAAGGAAACUGGCUCUUACAUGGCCCAAUUCGCAUUCGAGAUCCCCGAUCGGAUUGACAUGGGUCGCCUUCGUGCCGCCUGGGAGACAGUUUACCAGCAGGUACCGAUUUUGCGUACGCGUCUAUUCCCCAGCGCGCAACAUGGUACUAUGCAAGUUGUCGUCCAAGGUCAGCUCCGGUGGCGCGGUGGAAAUAAUAAGGCCGCCUAUCUGGAGAACGAUCGUCGCGCAGGAAUGAGGACAGGUCAACCCUUGUCCCGAUUCGCGAUUGUUGAAGAUCGCAUUCUGGUCUUCACCGCCCACCACGCGAUUUACGAUGGCUGGUCCGUGCAGCCGAUCUACAGACGUGUCGAAGAAAUAUAUCACGGCUUAAACACCAAGCCACCCAUUCACUUCAACACUUUCAUCCACCAUGUCCUUUCUGUCGACCCCAAAGCGUCAGAAGAUUUCUGGAGAGCGCAAUUGGAUGGCGUCCCGCCUCCAGUUUUCCCAGUGUCCGUUGUCAACCGCCAACAUCGCUAUGAGGAUGCCUACAUUCAUCACGAUGUAGCCUUCAACAAGCGCGCAGGGUCUGAAAUUUCCAGAGCGACGCUUGUUCGAACAGCCCUAGCACUGGUGCUUGGGCGCUAUUCAGACCUUGAUGAUGUUGUAUACGGCACCACCACCAGUGGACGUGCUGCUCCUGUUCAUGGCAUUCAUGACAUCGCUGGUCCAACAUUGGCGACGGCUCCCAUGCGCGUUGCCUUCCAGCCUGAAAUGAGAGUUCAAACAUUGCUUGAGAAUGUUCAAAAACAGGCCUUGGCAAUGAUUCGCUAUGAGCAGAUUGGUUUGCAAAACAUCAGACGUCUCUCUUCAGACGCAAAAGCAGCUUGCGACUUCCAAACUCUUCUCGUGAUCCAGAAUCCCGAGGAUGAUGUUAAUCGCGGGCAUGCGACUUUCCUGGGAUGCCCAACUGCGAACAAGGACUUCUUCAAGCCCUUCCACACGUACCCCUUGGUGUUGCAGUGCACUUUCAAUCCUACCGGCUACUCCCUGGACCUCAACUACGAUAUCGCUUUAGUCCCUGACUCACAAGCCCAUCGGAUUCUAGAGCAUUUCUCAUACCUUGUGGAACAACUUGACACAGACUUAGGCGACAGACAAGUGCAAUCGCUUGAUUUAAUGGUUCCCGCUGACUAUGCUGAUAUUCAUACGUUCAAUCAGGCCAUCACGCAGCCUGUGGAGCGUUGUCUGCACCAGCUCGUCGAAGACAUCGCUCACCAGCAGCCAGAUACUGACGCGAUUGCCUCUUGGGACGGAGUUCUCUCGUAUCACAGGCUUGAUCGUCUGACAUCUCAACUUGCAGCCAAGGUACUUGCCUCACACAACAUCUCCCCUGGGUCCUUCAUCCCUGUUUGUUUCGAGAAAUCUCUAUGGGCUAUCGUUUCAAUGAUCGCCAUCAUGAAAGCCGGAGCAGCCUAUUGUCCUUUGGAUCCACACCAUCCACCUGAGCGCCUGCGCGAAAUCUUAGAAGACAUCAAUGCGCCAGUGAUUUUGUCUUCAUCGGCAAAUGUCUCCCUGUUCUCGGACUACAUGAUCCCUACCGUUGUGGUUUCGCACGAUCUCUUCGAUGACAAUAAAAUUUACUCUAACCCAAAUGUGACCAUCAACCCAUCUCAUCCAGCGUAUUGCUUCUUUACGUCUGGCAGCUCAGGAAAGCCCAAGGGUGUCAUCACGUCUCACCGAGCCAUCGCCACGAGCGUGUCAAACCACGGUGUAUUCGGCUUUAGCCGCAAGCCGCGGAUCUUGCAAUUCACAGCUUUCACAUUCGAUAUUUCUGUUGUUGAGAUAUUCUCUACUCUCGUUCAUGGAGGAUGCGUCUGCAUCCCCUCCGAAGACCAGCGACUCAGCGAGAUUGUGCCCAUUAUGAACGAUAUGAAGGUCAACCUUGCCAUCCUCACUCCUUCUAUCGCUCGGAUUCUCUCCCCGGAACAGCUUCCCCACCUGGACCAGCUCAUUCUCGGUGGUGAACCCAUCCGAAAAGACUUGAUUGAACGAUGGGCCGGCAAGGUGCGUCUUGUCAACGGUUAUGGUGUAACUGAGGCAUCAGUUUGCAACGUCAUUUGCGACAUUGACAGCCCAAACUUCUCAGAGCGAACGAUUGGUACUGCGCUGGCCAGUACCAGCUGGCUUGUUGAUCCCAAUGAUCAUGACCGUCUUGUCCCAGUUGGCCUCACAGGGGAACUGGCUAUAGAAGGACCGAUUGUCGCCGACGGGUAUCUCAAUGAUCCAGUCAAGACAUCCGCGGCUUUCAUUGAGAAUCCCAGAUUCCUGGAACAGUUCCCCAACAAGCAGCAUGGAUCUGACCCUCGCCGCAUCUACAAGACAGGUGAUCUUGUUCGCUACCAGCCCAAUGGUUGGAUCGACUUCAUUGGCCGCAAGGACACUCAAAUCAAACUGAACGGCCUCCGUAUUGAGCUGGGCGAGAUCGAAUAUCGCGUCCGAACUGCACUUGGCCCCUUGCCUGAUUUUGCCAUCGAAAUUGUUGCGCCAGAGGGGCGCGUUGAAAACCGCACCAUUGCACUCUUCCUCUCUGCCAGCGAUAGUCAUGGGGAUCCUCAAACCCUCAUUCGCACUCUUGAUGCGGAUUUGCGACAGACAUUGCCUGCCUACAUGAUUCCUACUAUUUGCUACUUCCUCGAGCAGAUGCCAUUACUGGUUUCCGGUAAGGUUGACCGUCGGGCGCUCCGUACUUUCUCCCUUGAUGCCACGCCCGUUUCGCUACAGCAUCAAUUGGCAGUCGAGCCUCUGCAACCUGUCGAAAGUGAAGCCGAAAUGACUCUGCAGGUCAUGUGGGCAAAGCUACUUUCUCUUGAUCAUGAAGCCAUUGGCCGGAAUAGCUCUUUCUUCCGCAGUGGUGGUGAUUCCCUUGUCGCCGUGAAACUAGUUUCCAUGGCUCGAGAGCAGAAUAUUUACCUCAGCGUGGCGACAAUUUUCGAGCACCCUGUCCUAUCUGAGAUGGCACUGGCCAUGACUGCCUCCACAGGUGGUCUCAUUCACGAGCCACCAUCCUUUUCCCUCAUUCGCCGUGAGCCUGUGAGUAGCCUACUGCAGGAGGCGGCACGUCAAUGUGGAGUCGCCAUGCAUGACAUCGAGGACAUGUAUCCCACCACUCCCCUUCAAGAAGGAAUGAUGGCUGCUUCAAUCCAAGACCCUGGAACCUACAGUGCGCACUUUGCGUAUCGACUGGCUCCAUUCCUUGAUGCUAAGAAAUUCAGUCAGGCCUGGCACGCUGUGAUGGAGCGUGCUAGCGUCACCCGAAUGCGUAUGAUCCACACAACCGCGUCUGGCUUUGUGCAGGUUAUCCUGCGACGACCCAUCGAGAUCGAAUUUGUUGUCUCCAACGACCUUGAGCAGUACAAGCGUGACCAACUUCGUCGGGUCAUGGAUCUUGGAAAGCCGCUGUACCGUAUGGCUAUCUUGGGAGAGGGUGGUGACGGUGCUGCAACUCGCUAUUUCAUAUUGACGAUGCACCAUGCCGCCUACGAUGGCUGGAGUACCACCAAUCUCUGGCGCAAUGUCCAAGAGGCUUACUACGACAUGAACCAAUCACCUAUUUUGGGACCGAAUCAUCUAAUUCGCUAUCUGGAUGAUCAAGGUGAGGCAGAGACCCUCGAAUUCUGGAAAAAUUUCCUCGAACCAGCGGCACCCCCAUCCUUCCCUGCUCUGCCCUCGGUUUGCUACCGCUCUGUGGCUGAUUCAGAGCUCACAUCAAACAUCCGAUUCUCGAUGCCUGCUCAAGCAGACAAUACGGUCGCGACCGUGCUGCAAGCUGCCUGGGGUAUGUUACUAUCUUUGCAUGAAGGGUCUCAGAACGUCACUUUCGGCGUCGUCGUCAGCGGACGUACAACCCCCAUCCCCAGUAUCGAGAAUAUGGUCGGUUCAACCAUCGCCAACUUCCCCUUCCGCGUGUCCUAUGAGCGUGAGCAGACAGUGGCUGAAUAUCUCGCUGCCAUCAAGAAGAGCACCACCGAUCUCAUCCCCUACCAGCAAGCGGGAUUCCAAAAUAUUCGAAAAGUCAGUCCAGAAGCUCGCGCCGCCUGUUCCUUGCGCACCCUAUUGGUGUUCCAAGCUACAGGAUCAGCAUCACUAAAUCUAGAUCUUGGUAUGGGCAUUGAACCAUUGCCCGUCACCGUUGCUGGAUUGUACACAUUCCCAAUCACCAUGACCUGUUCCCAAGAGUCCACAGGUAUCUCCGUCAAUGUCUCUUACGAUUCGCAUGUGAUUUCAUCUGCGCAAAUUCACCAGCUGCUCGGCCAGUUCGAACACUUGCUAGAUCUGUUUGCCAACCUACCCACCACAGCACCAAACACUCAGCUCAAGGAUAUCGAUCUCAUCAGCCCGUCGGAUAUGAACCAGAUCGCACAAUGGCACAUCAACGACAAGGUUGAACCAAAUGAGCGUACUAUCCAUGCCAUGAUUCAUGAUCAGGCCCUUGAGCGGCCAUCUGCAUCGGCCAUCUCCUCUUGGGACGGUACACUGACAUACUCCGAAUUGGACGAUCUCUCAGACCGUCUAGCCCAGCACCUUGUCGGGCUUGGUGUUCAACCAGAAAGCUACGUUGGCUUUGCGUUCUAUAAAUCUAUCUUCAGUAUUGUCGCCAUCGUUGCCAUUUUCAAGGCUGGUGGUAUCUGGACACCCCUCAAUCCCGCCCAUCCGCAGACUCGCCUUGCCUCAUUCCUGAGUCGGUUGUCAGCCUCGGUGAUGGUUACUAUCCCGAGCCUUACACACCUGUUUGCUGAGACAGGAGUCAAGAUGGUGACUGUUACCAAAGAAUCCCUUGAAGCACUGCCACCCCUUUUGCCUACUUACAGCGCUCCUACUGUUGUCUCUACGAAUGCAGCGUAUAUCAUGUUCACAUCUGGCAGUACCGGCGAACCAAAAGGUGUAGUGGUCGAACAUCGCAAUGCCUGCUCUGGUCUACCUGCACAAGCCGCAUUGCAGGGCAAGACAUCAACUUCACGCUACUUGCAAUUUGCUGCAUUCACUUGGGACUUCUGUGUUGGGGAGAUCUUUGCUAAUCUUGUCAGCGGUGGUUGCGUUUGCAUGCCCUCUGAAGAAGAUCGCCUCAACGACCUCGCUGGGGCCAUGACUCGUCUCAACAUCAAUCAAGCUUCACUGACACCAACGGUCGCAAGUCUCCUGUCACCCAGAGCCGUUAAACUCGAAACCCUUUCCCUCGGUGGCGAGGCUCUAACUCAAGAGCUCAUCAAUACCUGGGCAGACAGUGUGCGAUUGAUCAAUGUCUAUGGUCCCACAGAGUGCACUGUCUGGUGUACUGGAAAAUCAGGCCUCCGCCAUGGAGGCUCCCCAGCCAACAUUGGAUCUGGACUGAAUUGUUCCAUCUGGAUUGCAGAUAGUGAGAACUACAACCGCCUGAUGCCCAUAGGUGCUGUCGGUGAAAUCCUCGUGGAUGGACCUGUUGUUGCAAGAGGAUAUUUCAACGACCAAGUCGCAACCGACAAAGCCUUCCUGCAAGCCCCUGAUUGGGCGUUGCAGGCCAACUCCUCUCCUCGCCGUAUUUACGCUACUGGUGAUUUCGGAAUGUACGAACACGAUGGAACUAUUCGUGUCCUUGGUCGUCGAGAUGCGCAGGUCAAGUUGAAUGGACAACGUGUCGACCUUGGAGAGAUCGAUUUCCAACUUCACCGUAUCAUUGGUGGCUCUGCUUCGCCAGCAACCGAGGCCGUCAAACUGGAAAAUAGAGGCCGACCUUUCUUGAUUGCAUUUGUGCCCUUGACUGUUCCGAACCCAAUCGAUGAUUCUCUUUCCAUUCUCACUGGCGAAGAGGCUCAAGCUAGUCUGCAUGCAAUUGUUGAUGGAGUCCAGCGUGACCUUGCCAAGGUACUGCCUGAGUUUAUGAUUCCUCGUUUCUUCGUCCCUGUCAAUCGCAUUCCGACCUCAAGCAAUCUCAAGAUCGACCACAAAGCACUCCAUGCCCUCUGUGCCAGUUUGACGGUUCCCGACCUGACAAAGCUGGCUGUGGCCCCAGGACUGGGUGAGAUGCAUGAGCCUGCGACUGAAAAGGGCCUUACACUACGUGGGCUCUGGGCGCAAGUCUUGGAACUCAGCGAGAGCGACAUUUCUGGCCAAGACAGCUUCUCGGCUGUUGGGGGCGAUUCUAUGGCUGCUGUCAAGCUUGUUUCUCUGGCAAGAUCCCAUGGAUAUGCUCUCACAGCAGACAAGAUCCUGCAAAACCAAAUUCUCGACGACAUGGCCGUAUUGAUGGAUCCUAUCACUGCCGAUGACACAGCUGUCAUCCAGCCUCUGUCUUUGGUGCCAAAGGAGAAGGAUAUCGACCAACUUCAGAAGGAAGUUUCCACGCUUUGCAACCUCCCCAUCGAGUCUAUCGAGGAUAUCUAUCCGGCCACGCCCGCGCAGAUUGGCUUCCUCACGAUCUCUUUGACCCGCCCAGGUGUUACCUGUCUGAUGACAGCCUUUGAAGCGCCCGCGUCAGUUGAUCUUGAUCGUCUCAAGGCAGCCUGGGAACGCACCACCCAUGCUCAUGCGGUGCUCCGUACUCGUGUUGUCCAGCUUGCCGACGGAAGUUGGAUGCAGGUCGUUGAGAAGCCUUCACCAACUGCCUGGCGUUCUGCUCCUACAAUUCCGGCUUACUACGACCAGGAACUCCAGGAUGCGACCGGACCCGGAACACCUCUCAGUCGCGCUGGGUAUGUUAUCGAUGAAAAUACCGGCAAACGCUAUUUCAUCACCACUGCUUGCCACUCUACAUACGACGCUUGGGCAUACGCACUCCUGUUCGCUACCCUGGAACGAGAGUACUUGUAUGACGAUGCCAAUCAUGAGCCAGAAGUGCCCAUGAACCGCUUUGUUCGCUACCUGCAGAACAAGGACCAGGAUGCGCAGGAUGAAUUCUGGCGCUCCCAGCUAGCCGACUAUACUCCUCCACCCCCUCUCGCGACACCUCCUUCCGACCCAUCCCAGUGCGAGGCCAAUUCCAUCUGUGACCUUGAGGUACAUCUUGAACCUCACCGACUCCGUUCCGACAUCUCCAUGCCAACCGCCAUUUACGCCUCUUGGGCUCUUGCCCUUUGUCAAAUGCUGAAUGUCGAGGAUGUCACACUCCUUUUGACCCUGAGCGGACGUAACGCUCCUGUGGCGGAGAUUGAACAAAUCAUCGGACCCAUUCUCACGACCGUCCCGCUGCGCAUUCGCGUCGAUCCUCACAAGUCGAUCCAAAACCUGCUCCUCAACAUUGAGUCUCAAUGUCGAACCAUCAUUGCACACGAACAGUGCAGCAUCCCCCACAUUGAAACUCUUUCCGCUUCUGCUAAGCAGGCAUGUGAACUCGCGUUCGGAUUGACUGUCAACCCCUACAACCACCACAAAGCAGAUAUCGGCAGUGGAAUCGGCCUCGUUCGACCCCUGCGUCUACCCGUGGCAAACAGUCCCAAUCCGUUCUUCCUUGAUUGUGCUGUUUCCGACUUUGGAGUCGAUGCAUUUGCCCUGUUUGAUGAUCGCGUGGUCUCCAGAUCCCUUGUAAAGACGUUCUUCGCGCACUUUGAGAACAACCUCCGUCAUGUGACUGAGGGAGCGGGAGAUAUUCUUGUCAAAGAUAUUCAGAUGCAGUCAAGCUUGCUUGAGGAGGAUGGUCAGGUUCUGCGCAUGGUGACGCAAGCCUCCGGUUUGGGAUACGAUCCAGUCUCUAAGGAGGUCAUCAAUGUCUACGAGGCAUACCAGAAGGGCGGUGUCUUGGAGCAUGGUUUCAAGGCCUUGGAUGAAGGUGGCCGUGGAAGAGGACCUAUCAAGAGUCAGCAUGGGCAGUAUCUGAAGUAG